AUGGCCCAAAAUCCUUCUUGCCCAGUUUGCAACAGAGGUAGAGAAACUGUAGUUCAUGCCCUGCUUGAGUGUGGAUGGACAAGACCCGUUUGGUUUGGAUCGCAACUACAUCUCAGUGCUUCUUUAUGUGGUGUGCAGAGAAUGGAUGAGUGGAUGACAACAAGAGUAUACCAGUUCAGAAUGGGCAAUGAUAGUGCUGACCAUUCCUUAUCCUACCUUGCCUUCCUCCUUUGGGGAAUUUGGAAAGCAAGGAACAACAAAGUCUUCAAUAGCCAUGCUCUCAACCCAACUGAGGUAAUCGUGCUAGUACAAAGCCUUCAAGGGGAAUAUUUCAAGGAGCACAUAGCUGCUAGACGCCAUCCAGAUCAGAGCCUAAGGGUCAGGGAGCAGCCCAGCUGGAAGAAACCGGGUGCUGGCCUGGUAAAGUGUAACACUGAUGCAUCCUUCAAGGCACCUGACGUCAGAUCUGCAGGAAGUCUUGUCUUGAGGGAUGAUUCUGGCCACCUUCUCUCUGCCCAUGCAAGGCUCUUCUUCACAAGAUCGCCUGUGGUGGCUGAAGCCAUAGCCCUGAGGGAUGCAGCUGUCCACACCUCUAAUCUUGGAUGCACCCAUGUCUUAUUUGAGGCUGAUGCCUUGGAAGUCAUCCAAGCAUGCAAUGGUGUCAAGCCUUGCGGGGAAAUCAGUAACAUAAUCCAAGACAUCCAGCUUCUCUCCCAAGGUUUUGCUCACUGCAGAUUCAUCUGGACACCCAGGGAAGGCAAUGAAGUGGCUCACAUAAUUGGAGAUCUAGCAAGGAAAAAACAGCUUGCUCCGAAUUGGGCAUGGGUCCUGCCUCGGCGUGUGGUGGAGGCUCUCCGUAGAGAUGAAGCUCGGGCCGGGUAG